GUUCUCUGCACAGCACUGGCAGCCACUCGAAAGAGACAGAGACAUGCAAAUUUUUGAAGACACUGACGCUAUGGCUGAUCCAACCAAAGUUGCCGAGCUGGUGGAGGUUUUGGGAAGGGGAGUUGAUGCUUCUGGAGCUGCAGCAUUGCUUCUCGCAGCGGACGGCAACCUGGAGCUGGCUGUCUCUAUGUUUUUCUCCUCUGAAGAGCAGGGCCCCUAUUCAACUCCACUUGCAUUGCCUGCUACAAUAUCUGCUGAUGAAGCGGGGCCUUCGAACCUGAGUUUCUCGAGUAGGCAAGUCCUGUCCAAUGUGCGUGGAUCGCCUGCCGAAAGGGCUGCUCACUUGGAAAGUGGUGACUCUUUGGACAGAGCUCAUCUUACGCAAGAGAGAGCGGGGCCGAGAGACGCCAGCCGAACAAAGCUUCAAGAGAAGGUAGCUAUGCUUCGUGAGCUGGUAGGCCCCGGUGUUGAGGACGCCUCUCUGGUGAAGAAACUGAGGAAGGCCAAGGGGUGUGUGAAUGCGGCGGCAAACACUCACUUUGCACAGGUGCAGGCUUUGCAGAAGCGGCGGGAAAAGAAGGAGAGCCAAGGAGGUGGUGAUCAGCGGGGGUUUGCAAUGAGCUGCACUGAUGAAGUGAUGGAGGCUGCUGAAUUGACUGGAGGUGCUGAAGAUGGUGGCCCCAGCAUCAGAGGCCCGGGCUCACAUAAGCGGCCGUUCUUAUCGCCUGAAGAUGCACCGCACGAGUCUGCACUACGUCCCCAGCGUGUUCGCAAGCGGCUGCGCUCUUCACAGGAUCCAACCCAAGAACCCAUCCCCCAGACCACUGUGGUCAUCAGCCAGGAGGAGUUUGCAUACCGCAGUCAGUCCGGGCAACAUUUCAUGUUACCGCUGAAGAAUCAUCGCAGCCCGGACGGUCACCUCUGCGGCCCCCUUCCUGAGACUGGCUUCGCAGAUUAUAAGGUGACACCCUUGCGCAAGCUGGACUUUUCGGGUCCUGGCUUGCACCUCGGUUCGUUCACUUUGAGCGCCGACUUGGUCCAGGGGGUUGUCAUCGGAGGGGAAAAUGCUUUCCUAGAUCUUUCCUGGGACUCUCGCAAUGGAGGAGCAGCAGGGUUCCAAGUAGGGGUGACGUAUCAAGCUCCAAAUGGGGCCUUCAGCAUCAAUAAGCACUUUGUGACGACGUUAGGGCGCUGCCGUGAGGAAAGAGACAGCGCAGGGAUAGCCGCACGCAUUGAAGAGGCGCUUUGCAAGCUGCAUUCAGAGGACUUUGUGCGGCUCUUCGUGACAAUGGACUCGUGCGACGAGCUGGUCUCAAACUGGAAAGCGCGACAGAAGGCGGAGAGCUCACGUUGUUUCCUUGAGCGGAUGGAUGGCAGCGGUAGAAGGGUUGCGAGGGAGGAUCUCACGGAGCGGCCGACUGGCGUCACACCAGUCCGCCUCUCAGUCCCGCUCCAGGAGUCAGCGGGAAAGAAAGUGUUCAAUCUGCACGUCUGCCUGACGGAGAAAGCCUUCCAGUUCGACGCCGAGAUCGCAAAUAACACAGGGCUUGCCAAGCACGCUAAGGCAUUCGGAAGGAGCCGAACCGGCGGCAAAGCGCUCGCUGACGUCACUGAGGCACUGCUGAAGCAUGGGGGCGGCCUGAACCUCGGGCCGGACUCAGACAGUGUGCUUAAUCAGAACCCUGGGGGCGCGGAGAACCUGGGGGAGGCGCUACCAGCUGAUCUACCCGGCAUCCUGGAUUCCAUCGCCUUGCCCGACAGUUUUCCGGAGGCGGAUCGCCCGGCGGGGCUGGUUACGAAGCCAAAAAGGUAUCAGUUGCAGGGGCUAGCUUGGAUGAUGGCAAGAGAAGGCGCGGAGCCGAAGGGACGGGAAGCCCCAAACUGGCGCACAGAGACGGGAAGGGUUGGCUCGGCUGUUGAGGAGUCGGACCGUUUGCUGUCGGCAGGGCAGAGCUCGGCCGGAAAGCGGACGGUUGAGGAAAGUGGGGCCCGGGUUGAGAGCGACGGAGCGAAAACAGGAGACGCCGUUCCUGAUCCAAUGGCCGCCUCGACGGGCGUGCAUACAGGGGAAGUUGAGGCGAGGAGAGAAGCGUCAGACGGAACCCAAACAGCCGGCGGUUGUGCCGUGGCCUGCGCGGACAUCUGCAACCCCCUGUCCAAUGGUCUGGGGUUCCAAGGGGAAGACGAUUUGGCAGCGGGAAUGGGAGAACCGGGACGGGAGGGGGGAAGAACGGGGUCUGCAGCCAGCAGAAUGCACCGGGAAGCUGGGGGCGCGGUUCCAAAGAACGAGCUGUUCUUGCACCCGUGUUGGCAGCAGUUGCUAACCGCAGACGGGCAGGUGAUGUACAUGCAGAGAGAGGGCGGAACGUGCAGUCCCGACUUUUAUGUGGCGCCGGGCCAGGGCACGUGUGGAGGCCUUCUCUGCGACGAGAUGGGCCUCGGCAAGACCCUUGAGGUGCUCAUGCUCGCGCUCGCGCACCCCCCGCCGGACGGCUGGGCUGUGGCUGACAGCCACUCCGAUUCGCCAGGGGGUUCCGUCAUUCCCAUAAAGGCCACGCUGGUGGUCGUGCCCGCGAGUCUGUUAGACCAAUGGAAGGAGGAAACGAAGCGACACGUGGCACCCGGAGGACUGGAGUUGCUCCACUACCCGGGGAUCAAGGGAGCGGCCAGAAGGAGGCUGGAGGAGAGAGGAGCGGCGGGGGGGCCGAGCUGGGACUUUGAGAAGUAUGACAUUAUUGUGACAUCCUACGAGGUCGUCCGCAGCGAGAUGAGCAGCGUACAGCCGACCCCCCUGCGGCAGUUCGGCUUCUGGCGGCUGGUGCUGGACGAGGCGCAGGUGGUGGCCAGCUCCGCAUCCAAAGGCGCGCGCACCGUCGCCAACAUCGUGCGCCGCCACGCCUGGGUCGUUACAGGCACGCCUAUCACUAGCCGGCUGGAAGAGCUGGGGUCGCUGCUUGACUUCCUGGGGGAGCCGUUCGGCGACCCGAUGGUCUUCCGCACCAUGCUGACGUCGCCCUUCGAGGCCCGGGAGGAGCGCGGACUGCGGCGGCUGCAAGCGCUGCUCCGGAGCAUCAUGCUGAGGAGGACGAAGGAGGGGGUCGCGCACGAGCUGGGCCUCCCCCCCUGCGUCAUCGAAGACCGCCUGCUGACGUUCUCUCCCCCGGAGGCGACCUUCUACCGCCGCAUGCACGACGACUUCGCCACCGCGCUCCGCCGCCUCGACCGCCUGGAAAACACACAGAAGCUGCGCGACGAGCGUCUCGUGGACGGGUUCGACGCGAAGAACCUGGGGAUGAAGGCGGGCGGCAACGCGCUUGCGAUGCUCAACCGGCUGCGGCAGGCGUGCUGCCACCCGCAGAUCGUGAAGAACGGGGGGAUGAGCCUGGGGCGCGCGCGGUUGUCGAUGCCACAGAUCAUGGGUCGACUGGCAUCCCGAGCAUCGGCGGACACCGUCUUGAAAGCGAAGGAUUGGCUGGCCGCGCGAGUGGCCUUUGCAACAGAGAGGGUGCAAACGCGACGAGAAAGCGCGGCCGACGUGUUCGAGCCGCUUCUGGCGGACAUUGCCGCCCAUGCUGCCGUCGCCGCUGACGUCAGCACGUUCGGAAGCGAGGGAUCCCCCGAGUGGGAGCGAAAGGGGCAACGCACGAUUGUGAAGAAUCUGUACUGCCGGCUGGAGUGGACCGCGCUGCAAGCCUACAAGGAGGCGAUUGGGACGUCAGCAACGGGCGGCGAUGACGCGAGCAGGCUGGUGCUGGUGCAGACGAGGAUCGCGGAACUGGAGAAUGAGCUCGGUGUGACCGCGGAGAAGCUCGCGCGGCUGGCGAACGGGCGCGAGCUGCGGGAGGGGCCAGAUGCCGAGAAAAAGAGGAAGAGGCAGAAGACCCCGGAACAGCGGCUGAUGGAAGCGGAAGUGGAGGUCCGGAAAGCGAAGGAAGCGAUGGAGGCUGCACAAGGGCAGGAAAACCACUUGAAGUUUAAGCUCCGGAGCACGGUCAACGGCAAAGGGAAGGCUGUUGAAGGUGCCGACGUGGCACCACUCGCGCAUGACGUCACGACAGGGGUUGCUGACGUCAUACAGGAAGACAAGACGGUGUGCCCCAUCUGCCUGGACUCGUGCCAGGACUGCGGCGCGGUCACGGCGUGCGGGCACGUCUUCUGUGGGGACUGCAUACGCGAUCUGAUCGACCGGGGCGGUGCGCCUGGCGCGCAGUGCCCGCUCUGCCGCCACCCGUUGCAUGAAAAGGACGUGUUCGAUGUGGCGGAUCAGGUGGAGGUUCCGGACUUUAGCGGGGAGUACGGAACCAAGAUCUCAGCCGUCCUGGCGGAGCUGUCGACGCUGCGCGAGGCGGAUCCCCGGGCCAAGAGCGUCAUCUUUAGCUCGUGGCGGCCCCUGCUAGCGCUCCUCGGGGAAGCGCUGAAAGAGGGCAACUUCCGAUUCGCGACGCUCUGGGGUCCGGAGGAGGUCCGGGCGCGCGCUCUGUCCGACUUUGCCGACGACCCGGACGUCCGAACACUUCUCGUGACCAUGGGCGCCCGGGAGGGAGCGGCCGGGUUAAACUUAACCGCGGCGUCAACCGUGUUCAUCCUGGAGCCCAGCUUUCACCCCGGUUUGGAGGCGCAGGCAGCCUGCAGGAUACACCGUUUGGGCCAGCUCCAGCCCACCCGCGUCGUCCGCUUUCUGGUAGACGCCACCGUUGAACCGAAAAUAGCGGCGUUCGCGGCGUCGCGGCUUGCGAAGAGAAAGCAAGCGAGCAAGCAUUCCGUCUUUACGGAACUGCGCGGGGCGGACUUGCUGCAACUCGUCGAGACUAGGUGACAGGUGUAAUGAAAGCUUAGGGGGUUUCACAUAAUUUGUACAAUAGCUAAUAGGCAGCCUUCAAAGUAAUGGUCGUGUUUUUAACGCUUCCCAUUGAGUCUAGGUUAACUCGGGCCACAUGUAUGUAUACACAUCUUGCGGUAGCUGUCCUCA